GAAGACGUCACCCAAGGAAUAACAUACGAUAACGAUAACCGACAACUCGAACACUAAACGAAACAGUUACAUGAUGGAUACAAAAAUAAUACUUUUUUAUUAGAAAGUAAGCUUGAGUUUACUUAAGCUUAAAAUUGUCUUUCUAUUUCACUUUUUAGUUUAUAAAUUAGUCUAUCGGGACUUAUUCGCCACUUUCUGGAAAGAAGAACUCAACAGUAGCAGCCUGGAUGGAUCCAGCUCUGCUUCGCGAGAGGGAGCUGUUUAAGAAAAGAGCUCUCUCCACGCCGGCUGUUGAGAAGAGACCAGCUGCAUCAGACUCUGGAUCCCACAAGAAGAAGAAGCCCAAGUUAGACAAGGAAGGCUCCUCUGGCUCCAAACACAGCACUGAGAGCAGUAAUGGCAACAUCAACAUCAAAGCAAGCUCCGGGUACAAAUUCGGCUGCCUGGCUAAGAUCGUCAAUUACAUGAAGACCAGACAUCAGAAUGGCGACACACAUUUCCUGGCUUUGGAUGAGAUUCUGGAUGAGACCAAACUUCUGGACAUCAGUAUGAAACAGAAGCAUUGGCUCAUGACAGAGGCGCUGGUCAACAACCCAAAGAUCGAGGUCCGAGAUGGAACGUACGGCUUCAAGCCCAAGUACAACCUGAAAGACAAGAAGGCCUUACUGAGGCUGCUGGACAAACACGACCAGCUGGGACUGGGAGGAGUGCUGCUGGACGACGUGGAGGAGGGGCUUCCCAACGCCGCCAAGGCCAUCAAGGCUUUGGGGGAUCAGAUCAUCUUCGUCACGAGACCCGACAAGAAAAAGAUUCUGUUCUACAACGACAAGCACUGCCAGUUCACGGUAGACGAAGAAUUCCAGAAGCUGUGGAGGAGUGUUCCUGUAGACUCCAUAGACGAAGAGAAAAUUGACGAGUACUUGAAGAAACAAGGCAUCUCCUCCAUGCAAGAAACGGGACCAAAGAAAGUGAUGACGGUUCAAAAGAAAAAGAAGCAAUCCGGGCAGAGGAAGAGACAAUUUAAAACUCACAACAACCACCUGGCUGGAGUGCUGGAGGACUACUCGGACGGUGUGCCUGCUAAGAAAUGAGGCGGCAAACGGCUGCAGAUGGAGGCUUCCGCUCCCAAACAAAGCUUGUUUUUCUCUGCUUGUACUCUCUUCAGUGAACUGUGGUCUUUCAUUACAUGAAGCCAGCAGCUGGCGUGUCGUGAAAUCUAACUGUAUGGAUCAACUGAGAGACGGCGGUGGAGCGCAGACGUCUCCGUGGAUACCAAACCCUUUAAGGAAGGCAUCUGUUUAACUGUAAAGACUCAAUAGUUUUUCUUUACCGCAUAGCAAAGACGAGCUAGAAAAGGGUUUCUUUUGGAGGAGUUGCAGUAUGUUCUAGUAGUUUAUUAAAGUGUGUUACAUUUGUGUUUCACCUGGUGUGAGACAUUUUCCUGAAGUAGAAUAUUUCAAUGCUUUUACUUCUGAGCUUUUGGGGAGCGCAAGAUUAACUUUGGACCCAUUUAUUGGAAUAUUAUUUGAAUAUUUGUUGUCCAAUAAAACUGCCAAAGGUGAGAGAGAUCAAACGUGA